AAAUUUAAGUCUUUUUAUUAAUUGACCAAAAAUUCAUGCCAACGGACUUACUGUACUUGUUUCUCUGUUCUAUUUUUUGUUUCUCCUCUCUGUAUCCUGAGCUCUUUCCUCAUUAUUUUCCAUGGUUCUCUUCGGAUCGAUCAAUCACAUCACAAUUAAGUAGCAAUAGUAGUUAUAUUUGAAUCAAGAAUAAUUAUGGCGUCUUCCAACAGCAGCAACUUGCAUCUUCCUUUUGUUUGCAGCGACCGAUGUCGCCUGUUGUACAGUUAGGGCGGGGAAUUUGAUCGACAGUGAAGAGCACGGUGUAUUGGAGGAGAUGAGAAAAAGUGUGGCGUUCUCGAAUGAGUCGUCCAGUCCGUGUGAUUGGGUGGGUGUGAGCUAUGACGACAACCGCAGGGUUUCAAAGAUCGCAAUUGGGGGUUUGGUUAGCAAUGGGUUUCAAAGAUCGCAAUUGGGGGUUUGGUUAGCAAUGGCACUCUGCCCGCCACUCUCGGAAGCCUCGUCUGCUCGUCAUGCUAACCUUCUUCGAAGCCACCUCCAAAACCCUCAAAGGCUCGUUUCCGCCAACCGGUUCACUUCAAUCGCGCCAAUCCUGUUCAACUCCAAGCCUAGCCUGAGUGGCCUCCUUUCAGUUAGCCUAGACAAAAAUAAUCUUCCGAAAGCAUGGAAGAUCCCUUAAGGUUUGACAAAUUUUCACAACUCAUCUCUUUCUCUGCUGUCGGUUGCAACAUUCGUGGUCCCCUCUUACCCUUCUUCAACUCCCCCAGCUUGGACCAACUUCAAUUGUCUAACGGUUUGUGCUUUUAUUUUGAUUCCUUGGAUAUCUACUAUUAAUUAAAUUAGCACUGUCAGUAGGAAGUUAUUUCAAGUUCCGAUUUGCCGUAGCAUUUAAUAUAGGGAGAAGGCUCAAAAACAACAUUAAGGUUAUUCACAAAGUUCAGAUUGGACACUAAGCUUCUAAAUGGAACAAUUUAAUACAUAAACAACUUAUUUGAGCAACCUUUGGCCACUCACAAGAAUUUCCGUUUAACCAUCCUCUACAAGGAAUUUCCAUGUUCAACAACCCUUUAUACGAUACCCAAGAAACCACUCCCAUAGCAUUUGAAUCCAUUGCUGGAUUAUGAAUCUAAUCCCUGCUCCCGGCCUGCCGGCCAUUGUCGUCGGAUUCGGAAUAUGAACCAAAGUCUGUGGUAGGUCAAAAGCACCUGUGGAUCUAUUAUCGUAGGUAUUGAAGCGAGCUCUAGUCACUUAUGUUGCCGACCAUGGUAUAACUGGAAAACUUCUUCUCUGUCCAACAGAGAUGCGGCUGCUCCGGUAGAAUGGAUCAAUCAGAUACUUUCAUUCUCUGAGUGAUUAAUGAAAAGUCCCGUCCUCCGCCCAGAUUCAUCUUGAAAUUGGUGAAGGUCCUCUUAGCAUAAAUGGCGAACUCAAAGUCAUUGAUGUGCUUGUUGAAGCUUAUAUUCAAAUCGGGGAAGCUGAAUAGAUUAGUGGAGGAGCUAAAGCCAAGUAACUGAGCAGCCAGCAACUUCCGAUUAGCUGCCAGCUCAGAGGACAGAGGUUCUCAAUGACGACUAAUUGAUGAGCAAAAACCAUGGCUUGGACAACUCAUCAGGUUUUACCGUCGUCCAAUAGCGAAUCAGAAUAGUCUUGGGCGUGAAGGGGUUCAAAUCACCAGAAUCCCAAUCACCAAAAAUCGAUCACCUACAUUCAAGUAGAUAAGAGCCCAAUUCCAAUAUGUUUUCUUUUCUAUAGGAGAUAUACGAUAGAAUAAUAAAUUACUCACUUAUGUUGAAUGAUAGAGAGUAGUAGAGAAAGAUGAUGAUGGGAGAAGGGGAGACGUAUGGUUAACGUUGGUGAAAGCACCGUUAAAUUGAAAUGCUGAUGGGUGGCCAAAAGUUACUCAAAUAAGUGUCUUAUGUGUUUAUUUGGUCCAUUUAGAACCUCAAUGUCCAAUGUGAACUUCUUGGGUAACCUUGAUGUCCUUUUUGAGCCUUCUCCCUUUAAUAUAUUUAUAUGUAUAAAGUGUUUGUUGAAAUGUUUCAAUGAAAAAUCAUAUCAAUAGUUUGUAGUUUGGUAGUGAUAGUAAUACGUAGUAUAUUUUUUCCCCAUUUCAAACAGUUUGAAGAGCAUCAUUGAAUUUGUUUUGGUUAAGACUUCAGUAAUGUUGGCGCCCAGAAGCUCAUGUGUGCCUAUUGUUUGGUAGAGCAUAUAACCGAGUCUUUGUUAUUUGGUUUAUACUGGUAUUAUAAUAUAUAUUGUUGAAAGAGUAGUUCAAUAUUUGGUUGCCCUCAUUUUACUUUUGUGAGUUACAAAUUUGGGAUAUCGUGUUUUGUCUUGCAAUCUUUGGUUUUUUUCUUCUUCUACAAAAUGUGAAGUUUGAGAUUUAUGCACAAAGGUUAUGAAUUUUAGAAUACAAGUUAAGCUUCUUACUCUAAAAGUUAGAUAAUAUUAAAUAUAAUGUGUUGGUAUGAUUUUACAUUUUGAUAUAGUGAAUUCUUUCAAUAAAGGGUCAAAUUGGACUAGCAAUUGCAGGGUGUUGAUUUUAACUCCAUUAAAACUGAUAAUCAAGCUAUAAUGUUUUCUGCUGCAGAGAAUCCAAUUCAAAUUGGGGAGCUUCUGAUCCGUGGUCGAUCUGGGAGAGCAUUCUCUUUUUCUGAAUAGAUUUAACCUUUUAUUUUUUCACUGCUGAAUUUCUCUCAUUAAGAAACCUAAGUGUCAAAAGUGGAGUCUCGUUUCACGUUGGCUUUUUGCCUGCUAUUGUUGUACAACACUCAUAAUUUGUUCAUCAGAUACUACCUAGCAGUUAACUUCUUAAUUUUUUAGUAAUGGUGUUUUUUAGUAGUAUUUGAUAUGCAGGAACAGACGGGAACCUGCUUUUGAGGGAACUAGAAGCAAAGAAACCGAAGGAAAGUAUAGCAAAUACACUAAAGAGCCAUGACCACAUCGUUUUUAGGCGUCCCAUGGCAAGUAAUCUACAUAGAGAGAUAUGGAAAACAUUUUUAGCUGUUAAUCUUUGCUGCAGGAAAAACAUUGAGCAAGAUAUGAAAUUUUAAAGAAUAGCCAUGAGAUGUAACUGUGACCAUUCUUCAAAAAAGAUGUAAACAGCCCCCGGAAAUUUACAUUUUUUGUCUCUUGUAUGUUUGCUUGGUAGUAUUAAUUUAUGUCCUAAUUUUUUGCCAAAUACUAGCUAUCCACUCUUUAUGCAACUGCAAUUAAUAAAAAAUAAUAUGUAUUCUUCCUCUUGUCAAGAACC